CGCUGCAGAGAACGCACCACCAACGCACCAGCAGGAUUCUGAGGUUUAAAGUCAACGCUGGAAGCAGGUCAGACAUGGCAGAGACAAGCAAUGGGUCUCCAACCGCAGUUCCCCAGGACCUCUGUGAUGGGUCUCACACUGCAGUUCGCCAGGACCUCUGUGAGGAGUCUCACACUGCAGUUCCCCAGAACCUCUGUGAAGGGUCUCCUGCUGCAGUUCCUCAAAACCUCUGUGAAGGGUCUCCCACUGCAGUUCCCCAGGACCUUUGUGAAGGGUCUCCUGUUGGAGUUUUAUGGGACAGAUAUGCCAGUAAUGUUGAAGACCAGCCUACAGAAAAUCAGCCAGAAACACAUGCUGGUGAGAAAACCUACAUUUGUGGAGAGUGUGGCUACAGUACAGCUCGAAAGUCUCACUUAUCUGCACAUAUGAGAACCCAUACUGGUGAGAAACCCUACAAGUGCGAGGACUGCGGGUACAGGACAGCUCAAAAGUCUAAUUUAACCCAACACAUGAGAACCCAUACAGGUGAAAAACCUUACAAGUGUGACCAGUGUGACUAUUCUGCUGCACUGAAAUCUGCAUUGGAAUAUCACCAUCUAACCAAGCACACUGGUGAGAAACCCUACAUGUGUGGGGUGUGUGGGUACAGGACAGCUCGAAAGUCUCAUUUCUCCCAACAUAUGAGAAUUCAUACUGGUGAGAAACCCUACAAGUGUGGCCAGUGUGAUUUUUCUACUGCAAAGAAAUCCACUUUGGACCAACACCAUCUAGCAAAACACACUGAUGAGAAACCCUACAUGUGUUGGGAGUGUGGAUACAGGACUGCUGGCAGAUCAAGCUUAUACAAACAUACGAGAACUCAUACUGGUGAAAAACCUUUCAACUGUGACCAGUGUGAUUAUUCUGCUGCACGGAAACACUCUUUGGACGUACACCGUUUAGCAAAACACACUAAUGAGAAACCCUACAUGUGUGGGGAGUGCGGGUACAGGGCAAAUCAGAAGUCUCACUUAACCCAACACAUGAGAACCCAUACUGGUGAAAAACCCUUCAAGUGUGACCAGUGUGGUUAUUCUGCAGCACUGAAAACCACUUUGGGCCAACAUCUAGCAAGUCACACUGAUUAUGAAGACCAACAAUACAUGUGUGAGGAGUGUGGCUAUGGGACAUAUCGGAAGUCCAGCAUGACCAAGCAUAUGAAACUCCAUGUUAAUUAAAAACUGCUGUGGCUACAGGACAG